AUGACGGCAGACGUCGCCCCGGGCCGCCCCGAAACCCUUACCCCUGAGCAGGAGGAGAAGCUCAGGCGGUUAUGGCAGCUCGUUUUCCAAGUGUGCGCGGUGGGCCAGGAUCAGAACGGCGCGGGUGUCGCGGCUACCACCAACGACAAGGCGCAGGAGGAGGACGCCAAGAAGGAGAAGAAGAGCCGUAUACCGUUCUUCUCCCGGAAGGGCAAGAAGGAGGCAGAGGCCGAGGCCACAUCAGGGGUGCCAACAAAUGCGCCCGUGCUCAACCUCGGGAAGGAUGGGGAGGCUGACAAGUAUGGCCAAACCAAGCAGUUCUACGAUACCCUCGCCAUCCAGACGCCCCAGUCGAUACGGGACACCAUCUGGAAAAUGGUAAAACAUGACCACCCGGAUGCGCUCCUUCUCCGCUUCCUCAGGGCGCGUAAGUGGGACGUCGAGCGGGCACUAAUCAUGCUGGUCUCCACCAUGAACUGGCGGGCGCAGGAUAUGAAUGUCGAGGACAUUAUGUUGAAAGGCGAGGCUGCCGCGGUGGCGGCUGAGAAGAGUAGCGACCCGGCCGAGAAGAAGCUCGGGAGCGACUUCAUGGCGCAGAUCAGGAAGGGCAUCAGCUACGUGCAUGGACAUGAUAAGCAGGGGAGGCCGCUCUGCUUCGUCAACGUCAGGCUACACAAGCAGGGUGAACAAGCGGAAGAGGCUCUGGAGAAGUACACUGUGUACCUCAUCGAAACGUGCCGCAUGGUGUUGCAGCACCCGGUUGACACAGCCACGAUUGUGUUUGACAUGACCAACUUCUCCAUGGCCAACAUGGAUUACACGCCUGUCAAAUUCAUGAUCAAGUGCUUUGAGGCCAACUACCCAGAGUGUCUUGGUACGGUGCUCGUCCACAAAGCCCCCUGGAUCUUCCAAGGCAUCUGGAAAGUAAUCCGCGGCUGGCUGGACCCGGUGGUAGCCAACAAAGUACACUUCACCAACAACGCCAAGGAGAUGGAGGAGUUCAUCCCGCUCAAGCACAUCCCCAAGGACCUGGAGGGCGAGGAGGACUGGACGUACCAGUACGCGGAGCCGGCCGAGGGCGAGAACGCCCCGCUGGCCGACGCCGCGACGCGCGACCGGCUGCUGGCCGCGCGCGAGGCCUUGUACAAGGAGUACGAGGCCGCCGUGCUCGAGUGGAUCGCCAGCGGCGCCGACCAGGCCAAGGCCGCCGAGAUCAAGACCCGCCGCAACGCCAUCGCUGCCAGGCUCCGCGAGGACUACUGGAAUGUCGACCCCUACGUCCGCGCCAGGUCGUACUAUGACCGCAUCGGGGUGUUGUUGCCGGGCGGGAAGCUGGAUUGGUACCCGGAGCCGAAGGCUGCGGCGGCUCCUGCUGCUGCUCCCGCGCCUGCGGUUGAGACGGCGGACGAUGAUGUGGAUUGA